GUGGGGGCGUGGUUAUGUUAAUGAGGCAGCGCCACAGAGGAUGUGUGUGUGUGUGUCUCUCUCCAUCCUCUGAGGUGUGUCUGCUGCCGCCGGAGCUGCAGCUCGAAGCACCGACUGCUGCUCUUUGUUCACACGGAUCAUGGCGUCAAAAUGUCCCAAAUGCGACAAGACGGUGUAUUUCGCGGAGAAGGUGUCGUCUUUGGGGAAAGACUGGCACAAGUUCUGUCUGAAAUGUGAGCGCUGCAACAAGACGCUGAACCCCGGAGGCCACGCUGAGCAUGACGGGACGCCGUACUGCCACAAGCCGUGCUACGCCGCCCUCUUUGGACCAAAAGGCGUAAACAUCGGGGGAGCCGGCUCCUACGUGUACGACAACCCUGUCAACGAGGCUCCCGCUGCCGUUUCCAUGGAAACCAACGCCAAGCCAGAGGAGAAGAGAGCCCCCGCACGGGGACCAGUGAAGGCUGCGAGCUUCUCCUCGUUCUCCGGAGGACCCAACAUCUGUCCCCGAUGCAACAAGACGGUUUAUUUCGCUGAGAAGGUGUCGUCUCUUGGGAAGAACUGGCACCGGCCCUGUCUGCGCUGCGAGCGCUGCAGUAAGACUCUGGCUCCCGGCAGCCACGCAGAGCAUGAUGGACAACCGUACUGCCACAAGCCGUGCUACGCUGUGCUGUUUGGGCCCAAAGGUGUGAACACUGGAGGUGUGGGCAGCUACAUCUACGACGAGCCUGAGGCCGAGGCCCAGCCCUGAGGCCCCUGAGGGCCCUGAGGCCCCUGAGGGCCCCUGAGGGCCCCGCGAGCCUCCGACUCCUCCAGGACCCUCCGUGUCUCUUUGAUUUGCCUUCUUCAGUCUUGGUGACAGAUGAUACGCACUGCGGUCACAGGGACGGAUAUUUAGAUGUUUCUGUUGUAUUUGUAUAUUGUUUAUAUAUCUAUUUUUUGUACCGAUACAAACCUUUAACAUGUCCUCCCGUGUGACUUUCAGAUUGGCCUUCUCGGUUUCUUGGUUCUCUUUGCCAAAUAAUUAUUAUGUAGUGGAUUAAAAGCGCCUCUGUCACUAAUGAUUCAUAGUUUUUCAGACUUUUGUGCACUUAUGACAUGUACCGUAUGAAACGUACCAGCGCACCAAUGUAUUGUCAGUGUUGUUGAACAGGUUCUUCCUGGUUCUAAAAGAGGGAUGAGGUGUGACUGUACACACAGAGACGUGAGUUUUACUGAAUGUUAUGAGGGUGAGUUGGAGGUCUGUUGGGAAUAAAAAGUGUUCAACUGUGCAUCACAUUUUCUACAGUAAAACUGUGUGAAGCCAAA